UCUCUCUUCGAUCCCUUUUUUUUUACCCCUUCUUUCUCUCUCUAAAUCCCUCUUUAUCUCGCACGUUUUGUCCAACGAGCCAGGGGUUUUCUAGGGUUUCGAAACACACCACCUUUCCCCCAAAUUGGGAUUUUGUUUUCUUGUUCUUUUAUUGGCUCAAAGAUCCACGUUUUGUGUCGGACUCUUUGGAACCAUUAUCCAGGGGGGUUUCAAUUUGGGAAUUUUUCUUACUCUAGGGUUUAUUAUUCAUUAGGUGUUGUUUCGAUUUCGAUUUCGAUUUCGAUCGAGGGUAGGGUUUAGUUGGGUGUAUUGGGUUUUUGUUUUUGUUAUUGAUUCUUUCGACUCGUGUAUUUCGUGGCAUUGGGUUUGGAUGUUCUUGAUCUGGAUCGAUUGAUGAAAUCACAAUAUUAGUUUGGGUUAAUUGAGGAAUGGGUUCAAUUUGAUAUUUUUGUAAUGAAUUGGAUUUGGAAGGGAGAUUGACGACUCGUGUUUGCUUGAAUCAGUGAAUGGUUUGAGGGUAGGUCCUUAAUUCGAUUUGAUUACUUUCGAUUCGUGUAAUUUUUUUGUGAAUUGGACGCAUGAAUUGCUGAUAAAGGUCUGAUACAACCUAAAUCUAUAACCUUUGACGAUUCUAAUUCAGAAAUUUUUUGAGGAGGAUACAUUGGUUCUUCGAUAUCUUUUUCAAGAUUCUUAGGUGGCAUAUGUGUAGUUGAGUGUUAAAUAAGUUUGGAAAUGGGUAUUUAUGAACACUGGGAGUUGAUACUUGCAGCUCUUGGGGACUGAGUUUUAUGGCACCUACUUUUCCUGUAGAGUUUGCUGGACAGAGAGUUUCGAAGAAUUUAUCACAAACGAAUUUCACUCGAAUGAUGGGGAAAACGAGGAAAGUUUCUAAGGGUUACUCUUAUGGGUUUGUUCCAGACUACCGUCAUGCCGUUGAGACCAUGGCUGAUUCCGAAGGAUUUGGCAGCUCAGGACGGCUCGAUACUGAAAUGACUGCUUCAGAAGAUUCGUGUGCACCCAGAAGGAAAUGCAUCAACUUGAAUGGGGAUUCUUAUCAACAACUUGGGGUACCGAUUCAAGUUUUGUCUUUAUCGAAGUUGUCUGGUUUUGAGAGGAAGGAACUGGGCUUCAGAUUGAAACGUGAGCUUGAACAAGUUAGAACAUUCCAGAAGAACAUUGCUAUGGUUAGUUCUAACGGUUUGUCUUUGUCUCCAUCCAGCGAUGUUCAUAGCUGUAGUGCUGGACAAAGGAGACCCAUUCCGGAAUUUUCCAGGUCUAUGUCCGUCCCUGCUUCUCAUUGCAAGAAGAAGGCUCCGCCUGGACGUAACGGUGGGGCCCGCUCAAAGAAGUCUGCAGCGGGCCGUGUUGAUUCCGUGAAGAAGGCAUUGCCGCCGGCUUCUGGGAAUGCCAUGUUGAUGAAACAAUGUGAGACACUGUUGAACAGGUUAAUGAGUCAUAAUUUUGGUUGGGUUUUCAAUACUCCUGUUGAUGUUGUAGAGCUAAAUAUCCCUGAUUAUUACACUGUUAUUAAACAUCCAAUGGAUUUGGGGACGGUGAAAACAAAGUUAACAUCAGGCAGAUAUAUGGAUCAAUGGGCUUUCGCAGCUGAUGUUAGGUUGACGUUUUCGAAUGCAAUGACUUACAAUCCACGCGGAAAUGAUGUGCAUCUUAUGGCUGAAACCUUGAGCAAGUUUUUUGAAGUUAGAUGGAAAGCGAUCGAGAAGAAGCUGUUAGUGGCCACAGAGGCAGUGGUUCCUAUGAGACAGAACGUUGUGGAAACUGAAACUGCUACUCCCAUGCCUCCUUUUAAAAAGAAGAAAACCACAUAUUUAGGAAAUGAAAUAAAGCAAGAACCUGUUAAGAGGACUAUGUCUGAUACUGAAAAGCACAAACUGAGCUCCGAAUUGGAGUCCUCGCUUUCAGACCUACCUGAAAGCAUUAUUGAUUUCCUUAAGGAUAAUAGUUCAAAUGGGAACCAAACAACUGAGGAUGAGAUUGAGAUUGAUAUCGAUACUCUCAGCAAUGAUACAUUAUUCAAAUUGAGGAAGCUUUUAGAUGAUUAUUUGGUGGACAAACAGAAAAACAUGGCAAAAGCUGAGACUUGUGAAAUUGAGCUUCACAAUGAGUCAGGAUUCAGCAACUCAUCCAUGCAAGCAUGCAAAGUUUCAGCGAAUGAUGCCAAUGAAGAGGAUGUAGACAUUGGUGGUAAUGACCUGCCUAUCUCAAGCUUCCCUCCAAUAGAGAUAGAGAAAGAUACAGCUGUCAGGAACAGUAAAUGCAGUAGUUCAAGUAGCUCCAGUAGUGAUUCUGGAUCAUCAUCUAGUGACUCAGACUCAGACAGUUCUUCAGGAAGUGAAUCAGAUGGUGCAAAUGCUUCAGCCAUCAUGAACAACAAUAAGGACACGUUCUGCUCUGAGGUUAAUAUGGAGCAAAUUCCAGCUGUUCAUGAGGAUGCAGAGGCUGAACAUUAUUCUGUAAAUGGGAUGGGCCUGGUUGAGCAAAAAUCUCACUCUAUUCCUGUUUCUGGUGAAGUUGAUGGCCGUCAAGAGGGGGAGAGCGCUGCAUCCGAGAGGCAAGUGUCUCCCGAUAAGCUUUACCGUGCGGCUCUAUUGAGAAACCGUUUUGCUGACACCAUACUGAAAGCUCAAGAAAAAACCAUUGGAAAGGGCUGUGAGAAGCAGGAUAGGGAGAGGCUGAGGCUUGAGAAGGAGGAGCUAGAAAAGCGAAGAAAAGAAGAAAAAGCUCGAUUGCAAGCAGAAGCAAAGGCUGCGGAAGAGGCACGGCGAAAUGCGGAAUUAGAAGCUGCUGUCGAAGCGAAAAGGAAGAGGGAACUGGAGAGGGAGGCAGCACGUCAGGCUCUACAGAAGAUGGAAAAAAUGGUUGAUAUCGAUGACAAUUCUGGGUUUCUUGAAGAUUUGGAAAUGCUAAGUGUCGCGGCCGCUGAGCCUUUAGAAAACUUCAUAGAUGAGGCUAGUGCAGAUUGUGGUGAAGGGAGGUUUAAGUUGAACGGAAAAGGUAAUCCGCUGGAACAACUUGGCUUGUACAUGAAAGAUGACGAAGAUGAAGAGGAAGAAGAGGUGAACCCGCGACCAGCUCAGGGCGGUGACGAUCCAGAGGAAGGAGAGAUUGAUUGAAUGAAUGGAUUCUUCACAUGUUUGGUAUCAUAUUCAUUAUGAAUAGUGGGUGGCAUUAUUACAGCAGAGGAUGGAUUGAUUCUUUGAAGUGGAGAUGAAGAGGAUUUGGCCUGGAAAUGAGUGCUGGAUUGAUUGAACAUACAACACAGAUUGUAGAUCUUCUGAGGUUUUGCAUUCCUUUUAGUUAACCAUUUUUUUGUGUAAAAAAGUGGGAAGCAAUUCUUUUUAGUAGUGAGAUAGUGAAGGUUAAUGCACUUGCAAAAAUUGCAAGAUGCUUAGUUUUUUUGGUUACUGAGAAAAGGGUUUGCAUUUUUGCACAACUUGUGCAGGUAGAGCUUGUUUGCAUGUUUUUAGGGCAUGCAUGUUGCCAUUUGGAUCAAUUCUAUUUCUGAUUAAAGGAAAUGUUUAAUGUUGGCA